AGAUAGUGAAUGGCGUACUGCGGCCUCUAGUGUGCCAGUAGCGACAGGGAACGUUCGUCUGGUUUUUGUCUCGCUCCGUUCAGGGGGAGCCCGCACCCGGGUCCAGCAGCCAUGGCCUCGGCGGUGGAGCGCAUGGACAAGCUGGUCCGCGAGUACCUUCUGUACAGGGAGUUCAGCAGUACCCUGAAGGUGCUGGAUGCAGAGAUGAAGGCUGACAAAGAGAAGGGAUGCAGAGUAGAUAAAAUUGUAGAGCACUUGCAGCAUUUGGUUCAGGGAUAUGAUCUCAGUGGACUACGCGAAUACUGGAACUACCUUGAUCGUCGUUUGUUCAGAAGACUGGAAGAUGCGUAUCGACACACUGUUAACAAGCUGAGAACCAGCCUGUACCGUUACUAUCUGGUGCAUACUGUUCAGUCUAACAGGAUUGAUAAAACCCAAGAAUUCUUCCAGAAAUACUCCCUGGAACUGCAGAACCAGCCCGAAUGGAAGGAGUGGUUCAUUCUUCCCUUCAUUCCAAAUCCAGAGCAAAACCAGGUGUUUGCCACUUAUUUCUCCAAGCAGUGGGCAGAAACGUUCCUGGUGUCACUGCACAAUUUCCUAAGUGUGCUGUUUCAGUGCAUGCCUGUUCCUGUGUUGCUGAGCUUUGAUGAAGAGGUGCAGAGACGCUGCCAGUUGCAAGAAGAAAAUGAAGCUUUGUGGCAAAAGUUGUUUGCACUUCAAGCAGAAGCAAAAAUGAAGAAAGAGGAAGAAGUGAUUCAUCAUAAGUUACCCUAUUAUGUACAGAAUAUGGACCGGUUGGGAGAUUCUGAAUUAGAUUUGAUGUCGAGUCAAAGGACCUCAUCUCCAAUGCCAUCUCAGACUAAAGCUGGCUCAUUUCUGUCAAUGUUACUGCCGCAAAGCAAGAAACCCUCUGUGAAAGGUUCCGUGCACUCAGCACCACCUCAGCAGUCUCAGUCACCUGUAUCCACUGGGAAAAAAGAUGUUACCAAUAACCAGGCUGCCAAGAACAAAGAUGGCUCAGCUGCCAGAGAAGGGAAAAUGUUAGCAAGCACGACUGCUGACCUCAGCUCUGUUCAACAGCGUCAGAAGAGGGUGCAGGACCUUGAGAGGGAGCCAAGUACGCUACAACAACGACAGAGAAAAGUGCUGGACUACGGGAAAGAACGAAAGGAGCUCUUGUCCAAACAGACUGGCCAGGGUACGGAGAAAAAGCUUGACUGCAGUAAUGCAGAGAUUGACAUUCCUAGUAGUCCUGAAUUGUCAGCAGAUCAGCUGGAUUCCUCUUCCAAACUGAAGAAGAGCAGCCUGGAUGGAGGGAAUGAGCAGCCUUUCAUUGUCUUGAGUCAGGAGGAAUAUGCGGAGCAUCACUCUUCAAUCAUGCACUGCAGAGUGGAUUGCUCUGGUAGGAGAGUCGCUAGUCUGGAUGUGGAUGGAGUGGUUAAAGUAUGGACAUUCAAUCCCACCAUGCAGACAAAGGCCACCAUAAUGUCCAAGUCACAGCUCCUCUCCCUGGAGUGGGCCGCAAAACCGGAUCGAUUGCUGUUGCUUGGCAGCGGAGUUGGGACAGUCCGACUUUAUGACACUGAUGCCAAGAAGAAUUUGUACGAGUUAAUAAUUGAUGAAUCAUAUCCCCGAAUCUUGUCUCUAGCUUGCAGUCCAAGUGGCACCUCAUUUGUUUGCUCCUCAGCUGCUCCAAGCAUCAAACUUGUGGCUGUGCCAGAUUCUGGAGAGAAAGGAGUGAAUCUGGUUCCAGGCAAUCUCCUGCUCUGGGACACGAAGACCAUGAAGCAACAGCAUCAGUUUUCCUUGGAUCCUGAGCCCAUUGCCAUUAACUGUACGGCUUUCAGUCAUAAUGGAAAUCUGCUGGUGUCUGGAGCAGCUGAUGGCAUCAUCCGACUCUUUGACAUGCAGCGGUAUGACUGUGCUAUGAGCUGGCAUGCACAUUCUGGUGAAGUUUAUUCCGUGGAGUUCAGCUACGAUGAAAACUCUGUUUACAGCAUUGGUGAAGAUGGAAAGUUCAUACAGUGGAAUAUUCAUAAGAGUGGAGUCAAAGUUUCAGAGUGUGAGGUGCAGUCGGAUGCUAUUGGCCCAUUUGUGCUGUCUGGUUACAGUGGGUACAAGCAAGUGCAGGUGCCACAUGGAAGACUGUUCGCCUUUGACUCGGAGGGACACUAUUUGCUGACCUGCUCAUCCAGUGGUGGAAUUAUUCACAAGCUGACCAACAUGGAGCGAGCCAUGGAGCCCUGCCUAUCACUUGGAGGUCAUCGAGCUCCUGUAGUUACUGUUGAUUGGUGCACAGCAAUGGAUUGUGGGACUUGCUUGACAGCAUCAAUGGACGGAAGAAUAAAGCUGACCACUCUGCUGGCACACAAGCCUUAAAGUUAUGGCCCAUCUGGACAGGAAACACUGUUGUGCCUCCCUAAGAGAGAUUGUUUCAGAACCUGUGGGCAUUACAACGCUUCGAUUUGUAUUUGAGGGUUCCACUCAUGAAAUGGUUCCAAGUAUUGUGCUAAACUCUCUCUAGCCAUAUGGAUUAAUGCUGUAUUUAACAAGUUUUUUAAUGAAAAAAAACAUUCCUGCUAUUGUUUAAUGUCUUAACAACAUUGCAUUUAAAUCAAUUUUAAAAUGGUAGCUAAUUCUGGGAAUCCUAAGCAUGUGGGCAUUUUGCCCUUGUUUGUACAGUGUAAUUGCCUUCUGCAUGAGCAGCAGGGUAUUCUACAUUCUGGAUUUCCCUCUCACUUACAACUUGAGGUACAACUUGUGCCUGAGGAUUAUGCAGCAGUUGUUCCUUUUCUUCAUGCUCCAGGGGAUGUGAUCGCUGAUGGGUCUGAGCCCCAAGUUCAUGGUUAUUGUUUGACCUUUGUAACUGCUAGGUGCUGCACUUCUCUGCCCAGCUUCUGGAAGGGUACAAGUUAAACUGCUGUGGCAGGCACUUGCUUUGUUGCUUCACAUGUAACGGUGGGCAGCUAAAAUGAAUCCAAAGUGUUGUAUGAAAGCAAGGAAUUGUUAAGAAUGUUCAGACAAGCCACUUGUAUUAGCAUCAUGUUAAAUGCCUUUGAAUGCAGAGAUCUAAACUGGAAGAAUCUGUCAAUAGCUUUAUCUGGCAAAUUUAGUAACAGUUUGAACUACCAUGGUUGUCUCAAAUUUGGACAAGUUGGUGCUUUAUGCAAAGAAUCCAGGAAACAUGCAUAUCCCAACUCCAAAUGUACCAAGCUUCAGGUCAGAUAUUUUCCUUUCUAAGGAGUUGAUUUGUAUUCUUGUGUCACAGUAAACAUUUGGAAUACUCAU